UAUCCACUGAGCCAAACCGGUCAGGGCAGUCAGUCUUAUAUCUUAAUAAAUUAUACCACCAUCUAUGUCAAAACCCUGGAGUUAUCCUUGUCUCCCUCAUUCCCCACAUUCAAACCAAUAUCAGGAUAUGUCUCUUCUAUCUCUGUAGUGGACAUCUAUAGAAUUUACCACCUCAACAUUCUCCCCUUUUCUCUUGAAAACUCCCUCACUCUCAGAAGUAUUUUCUCUUUGUCCUUUUGUUUCUCUUUCCUUUUUUUCUUCUCCCUUCAUUUGCUCCUGUUUUUCCCACAGGUACAGAAAUUUAAGGCAGUCAUACUAUUUUGUUCACAUUACCAUCAAGGCCUUUCUUAUCUUUUCCCCAUUCCAAUUACUACUCAUGUUCCUACCUUCCUCACUUAGGUCAUCGCUCUAAUAUGUUUGAAAUAUGUCCUUGGAUAUAUCUAUGUCUUUUAAUAAUAUAUAGUGUCCUAUGUAUGUAUAUGUUUUAAAUGUACAUAAUUGACAUCAUGUUACAGAAAUCAUUCUGUUUCUUUUUCAUGUUUCUGUGAAUACUUCCGAUUUAUAAUAUUGUCUUAAAUGCCCUCACACCCUUGGCCACUGGUCCUGGGCCAAGAUGGGCCCAUCAGAGUCCUUACCCAGAAUUUUUUUUAACUGAAACUGAGAAAGAAAAUUCCUCUCCACUGUGGAAGCCAUAAAAUGUAAAACAUAGGAGCUGUCGGCAGCCAUGCGUCCUGCUAUGUGGAACUGGUCUGCGACAAAAAAGAAUGAAGCUAACAUGCAGAAAGCAGCAGAGCCUCCGGCAACCACCAUUCUACUUCCUAUGAAUGUAUCUGCUCUAGGUACCUCACAACAAUGUGUGCUCAGUACUGCAUCUCCUUUGCUGAUGUUGAAAAAGCUCAUAUCAACAUUCGAGAUUUUAUCCACUUCACACCAGUGCUAACAAGCUCCAUUUUGAAUCAAGUAACAGGGCGCAAUCUUUACUUCAAAUGUGAACUCUUCCAGAAAACUGGAUCUUUUAAGGUUCGUGGUGCCCUUAAUGCAAUCAGAGGUUUGAUUCCUAUCACUUCUGAAAAGCCCAAAGCUGUUGUUACUUACAGCAGUGGAAAUCAUGGCCAGGCUCUCGCCUAUGCUGCCCAAUUGGAAGGAAUUCCUGCUUAUAUUGUGGUACCCCAAACAGCUCCCAACUGUAAAAAACUGGCAAUACAAGCCUAUGGAGCCUCUAUAGUCUACAGUGAACAGAGCGACGAGUCCAGAGAACGUAUUACCAAAAGAAUUAUAGAAGAAACGGAAGGCAUCAUGGUACAUCCCAAUCAAGAACCUGCAGUGAUGGCUGGGCAAGGGACAAUUGCCAUGGAAGUGCUGAACCAGGUUCCUUUGGUAGAUGCACUGGUGGUACCUGUAGGAGGAGGAGGAAUGAUUGCUGGAAUAGCAAUUACAGUUAAGGCUUUGAGACCUACUGUGAAGGUAUAUGCUGCUGAACCCUUGAAUGCAGAUGACUGCUACAAGUCCAAACUGAAAGGGGAACUGACCCCCAAUCCCUGUCCUCCAGAAACCAUAGCAGAUGGUGUCAAAUCCAGCAUUGGCCUAAACACCUGGCCUGUUAUAAGGGACCUUGUGGAUGAUGUCUUCACUGUCACAGAGGAUGAAAUUAAGUAUGCAACCCAGCUGGUAUGGGAGAGGAUGAAACUGCUUAUUGAACCUACAGCUGCUGUUGGAGUGGCUGCUGUUCUGUCUCAGCAUUUUCAAACAAUUUCCCCAGAAGUAAAGAACAUCUGUAUUGUGCUCAGUGGUGGAAAUGUAGAUUUAACUUCCAUAACUUGGAUGAAGCAGGCUGAAAGGCCAGCCCCUUAUCAAUCUGUUUCUGUUUAAUUUAUGCAUAAGGAAGAAAUGUGAUUCAGUUUUUCUAGACACUUGGAAAUUUUGUUUCUUAGUCAAUGUUAACUUCCCACUUCUUACCUACUUAAACAGCUUUCAACAUCCUAAUGGAGGGUAGAUAUAUCAGUAA